UUCGUUUGUUGGUGUUGCUAGGAUACCAGCGACACGUAGGUCGAUGUGUUGGGCUAAAGUUUAUACAAGUUAAAUUGGCUUCAAGUUGAGGGAAAGAAAGGUUAAAAGUGGCCAAAAAUGGCAAACAUCGACGCAGACCUCGAAGACCAGCAAUCCAAGGGCGUAUUCGCAACUUUAAUGGCCGAUGGGAAAUGGAUGUACCAGGCAGGAGAGUAUAAAAAAGCUAUAGACAGCUUCACAGAGGCACUGGCUUUAAAGCCUAGUGACAAGCACUGCUUUGUUGCUCGGUCCAGAUGUUACCUGAAGAUGGGAGGGUUUGAAAACGCUUUGAGAGAUGCAGAAGCUUCACUUAAAAGUGACAACACGUUUUUUGAGGGUUUGUACCUGAAGGCAGAAGCUUUAUACUACAUGGGAGAAUUUGAAUUUGCCCUGGUGUUUUACCACAGAGGUCAUAAACUACGUCCACAAAUGCAGGAGUUCAGACUGGGUAUCCAGAAAGCACAGGAGGCCAUAGAAAACUCUGUUGGCAGUCCUUCCAAUGUGAAAUUGGAGAUUAAAGGAGACCUGUCAUUUCUCAACAUAGGUGGUGAGAGGGCCAAACCAAUUGCAGCUAUCCAGAAUCUCACAAAGGAGAAAAAACAGAAGACUGAGAAAACCCCAAAGAGUGAAAAGACAACCAAACAACUUCUGGGCGAGUUUUAUAGUGACAAGAAAUAUCUAGAAAAUCUGAUGAAAGAUGAAGACUUGGUAGAAGGUACAACAAAGAGUGGGGAGAAGGUGAAGGACAUCAUUCAGAGAUGUCUGUCUUACCUUGACACUUGCACUGAAUUUUGGCACCAGGAGAAGCCUACCUCUGCACAAGAAAUGAGGCAGAAGUUCAUGCAACAGAAAUGUACAAAGCGCUGUAAUAGCGCACUCUCUUCUGGGUUUCUGCUGAAAAGCCUGGAUGAAAUUGAGAGAGAGUUGAUGUCCGGAAAUACAGAAGGUACUCUCAAGAAGGCAGAAGAAGUCAUGAAGAUGGUGCAGAGGUGGUCUGAGAAAGAGGUUCCUAAUAAAAAAGAGGUUUUGGGCACCUUGCACAGUUGCAUUGGCAAUGCUUUGAUUGACCUGGGAAACAUGGACAAAGCAUUGGAGCAUCAUCAGAAAGACCUGGAGUUGGCCAAACAGUGCAAGCUCCCAGGAGCACUGUCCAGAGCUCUGGACAACAUUGGCCGAGUCUAUGUUCGAAAUGAAGAGUUUGCAGAGGCCAUUCGCGUCUGGGAAAAGAAGCUUCCGCUGGUUUCCAGUGAUUUGGAGAAGACAUGGUUGUUACAUGAGAUCGGUUUGUGUUACCUGAAACUCGAUCACCACGAAGAAGCUCGAGAUUAUGGCGUCCGUUCAGUAGCUGCUGCUGAUGGAAUUGCCGAUAAGAAGUGGCAGUUGAAUGCCAAUGUUUUGGUUGCACAGUCAGAAUUGAAGCUUGGAAACUAUGAAUCUUGUGUCACCCACUUUCAAAGAGCUUUGUUCUAUGCCAAACUUCUAGAAGAUGAUUCUGCCAUGGAUGCUAUUGAGAAGGCCCUUCAUGAAGCAAAGCAACACCUAACACAAUGAGGAACCCCUUCAGUCAGAAUGGUUGAGGAAAACAAGAAGAAAGACUUAUUUAGUGUUCAGCUCAUUUUGUGUGUGUGUGUGUGUGUGUGUGUGUGUGUGUGUGUGUGUGUGUGUGCGCGUUCAUUUACACACCUAUAUGGAACACAAAGCAGUAACUUAAUCAAGUGAGAAGAUCGGAAGAACAAUGCAUACCAACAUUUUCUGUAAAAUUUUUACAAAAGCUAGAUAUUUCUGAAAAACACUUCUUUUUUUAAAUGCAUAUAUUAAGGUGCAGUCAUGAUGUAAUUGCUGAGCCCAUCUUUUUGUUCUGUGCAAGUUCAAUGAGAAACUGAAAUAUUAUCUGGAAAAUGUGUCACUUGAUAUAUAAAGUUCUGUUUACUGAUAUAAAUACUGCAACCUGGCAAACAUUAAGUCCCAUUAAUCAGUAUUACCUUAGAGGUUCCAUAUAUAGAGAUUAACUUAUUAUAGAGAACUUCCUUAUUUCACCUCCCUAGCACCUCUAUUACAAGGCAUGCACUGUGUGAUUUGCAAACAGAUGACUGCUUCUUGCAAAUUUCCCAUUGAUAGAAACACAGCCUGCUUACAGUUCAUAGUUUCUUCACAGAACCUUUAUUUUUCUGAAGUUUUAAUAAGAUGUUUUCUUUCAUUAAAGAGAAGUUGUGUUGCUGUCACGCA